UGGCCGAAUGAACAUACUAAUGGAAUUUUCUUUUGUGUGAAUGCAAUAGAGUGCCGAACAAAAGACCUCUGGCCAUCUUAUGAAGAAGCUUCACAUUGAGAAGCUUGUUCUCAAUAUCUCUGUCGGUGAAUCGGGUGAUAGAUUGACCCGUGCCGCCAAAGUGCUCGAGCAAUUGACCGGUCAGACUCCCGUCUACUCCAAGGCUCGUUACACUGUCCGUACCUUUGGUAUCCGUCGUAACGAAAAGAUUGCCGUCCACGUCACCGUCCGUGGUGCCAAGGCCGAGGAGAUCUUGGAACGUGGUUUGAAGGUCAAGGAAUACGAAUUGCGUGCUCGCAACUUCUCGGAAACCGGCAACUUCGGUUUCGGUAUUGACGAACAUAUUGAUUUGGGCAUCAAGUACGAUCCUUCCAUUGGUAUUUAUGGUAUGGACUACUACGUUGUCAUGGGUCGUCCCGGCAACCGUGUCGCUCGCCGUAAGCACUGCAAGACCAGAGUUGGCCCCAACCAUCGUAUCAAGAAGGAAGAAUCCAUGGAAUGGUUCAAGUCUCGUUUCGAUGGUAUCAUCUUGAACAAAUAAAUCAUGUCGAGCGCGUGUUGUUGGUGGAUUGUUGUUGCAUAAUAAAAAGUAAAACUGUAACCAUGGUAUAUGUUGUAUUGCGUCCAACUGUUUUGUUCAUGCAUGCAAGCAAGAGAGACGUACGUAUAGUUAGCCUGUAAAACCAGACAUUGAUGAGGAUAUCCACGAAGCAUGCCUUGUUACCACACUGGUUUAGGACGAGAGACUAUUUGUGAAAUUAUAUUUCAAAGAUCGAAAAUAAC